UUACAAAUUCACGCUAGGCGGCAGGUUGACAAUUAUAUGGCCGCAAAGCUCACACAACACAAAUAUUAAAUUGUAUGAAACAUUAAACAGUUAAUUGCAAUGGCGUGGCCCAGAGGUGCAUACCCACGAUAUCAGCCGUCCUUCAAUGAUUAUGGUGGGAACAGAAGGAGACACGACGAUUACGACCAGUAUGAGGAACCUAUUCAAGGUCCAAGAUCCAGACAGACUUAUCCUUCAGGAAUAAACAAUUACAGAGGCAGAUCCUCUGUGCCAAGAGGUCCUAGACCCAGGUUUCCAGAUUCACAUCAUGGAGGGCGUGGUAGAGGUGGAAGCUUCUCAGAUGGCCCAAGAUCAAGAUUUCCCGGGGCAAGACCAAAUAAUCCCAAACCCGGAUUAUUAGAUCCCAAACCCGGAUUAUUAGAUCCCAAACCAGGAUUAUUAGGAACACCUCCACCACGGCAUCCACUUCCCGUGUCUAGAUCAAAAGAUCAGCCACCAUCUCAAAAUAAGUCAGAAGACAAAGAACAAACAAAAACAAAGACAGAUAAAGCACCUGGUGAUGACGCAUUAAAAGCAACAGAGACCAAGACCAAAACAGGAGACUCAUCAUCUGAUAGCUCGAAAGAGAAAACACAAGAUGCAUCAGAGAAAACACCAGUAAAGCCACCAGGCCUUUUGCCAGAUCCUGUGAUGCCACAAAAGUCUGCGCUGAAAAAAUCCAGCUUGAAGAGUCAAGAUGAAGGCAAACCUGUUGGGACUGGAAAGCCAGGCUUGCUUCCAACUCCUACCUGUGCAGAUAGUACUACUACUAGUACUAAACCAACCACAGAAAUAAUAAAAGCAAAAGCAGUAGAGAAAUCUAAAGAAAGUCCACCACCACUGCUUCCUUCACCAAAUAAAGAUGUUACAAAGAACACUCAGAGUUCACCAAAACCACGAACAGGAAUAUUGAAGAAUAAUAAACCGGCAGUAAUAUUGAAGACUAAUAAACCAGCAGUAAUACAACCAGAAGCCCAAAAGAAUGAAAGUGAAGAUGACAGUGACGAUACAGGUUAUUGUAAAUACUGUAAAAUCAGUUUUACUUCAUCUGAGGCAUUUGUUAAGCACACAAGAGGUCUGAUGCACACACAAAAAACUAUGCAAGUAGAAAAUCAGUCUAAUCCAGAAAAUGAGUCUGAUGAUGCUAAUCAAUCAUCAAAUGUGGACAGUGUGGUUAGAGAUAUGUCAAAUAAACCAGAAAAAGACUACUCAAAUCCCUUACACACUAAAGGGUUCGAAGAUUCUGGAAAACCAAAACUGGAUAGAUAUGAUAACAGGGAUCGGUACUAUGGACAGAAAGAGGAGUAUUAUGGACACGAGGAGUAUCAUGGACAUGAGGAGUAUCAUGGGCAUGAGGAGUAUCAUGGACACGAUAAUGAGAAUUAUGGACAUUAUAAUGAAAAUUAUGGACAUGGUAAUGACAAUUAUAGACGAGAUUGGGAACAUGAACAGGACUAUUAUGAUGAGGAUAAUAGAUAUAAUGAAGGUAGUUAUGAUCGGGGUUUUGAAAAGAGAGGAGAUUAUUCUGAAGCAAUACCUAAAGAAAAACCUCCAGGACAAGAAAAAGAAUUUAAUGCUGAGGAAUUAGCUAAGUAUGGUAUCACAAAAGAGAUGUUAGCAGAAGCUAGCUUACUUCCAAAAAAUACUCCAGUUAGAGAAAGAGAUUUAGGACCUGAAGAUGUUGGUAAAAAACAAUUUCCAAAUGACUUCCAGUGUAAGUUAUGUGAUAUAAAGUGUACUGGUCCACAGAGUUUCCAAGCUCAUCUAUCUGGAGCUAAGCAUUCAUUUAGUGUUGAGAAUUACUGUAGCCGUGGUAAAUCUACUGUAAAGAAAACACAAAUUAAAUUAGUUGCCAGUCAACGUAAAUCAUUGACACUAGAACUGAUAAAACUUGUUACAGAACCUAUCAUUGGUUUAGAUUAUAUAACAGAAUUUCACAAACAAGAUCCUAAAGCUAUCAUGACAUGUGUUUGUAAUCUAUGUGAAUCAAAAUGUGAUGAACAUACAGUUGUAUCACAUUUACUGGGUACCAGACAUCGUCUUAAUUAUAUGAAAGAACAUCACACUGAUUAUUUUAACCAUUCUAAGAAGUUUGGUGGAAAGAAGAAUCAACAGACAUUUGUAGAAACUUUAACACAAGAUAUAGAGAAGGCAGAUGGUAAAGGGGUACCAGUGGUUAAAAUCAUUGUAGAAGAAGAAGUAGAGGAAGAAUUAGAAUUUCAAGCAUUAUUAAAGGGUCGUGCCAUUCUACCCACACCAUUAAAACGAUCAAUUAAUCCUACAGAGACUGAUCCAGGAAGUAAAAAAGGCAGAUACAGUAAUUAUAAAGAUGAAACUCAAGAUAUGUAUGAUGAAGAUGAUAGAUAUGAUGGGAAUAGAGAAACUAUAGAACAGGAUCAACAACAAUAUACAGGUUAUCAAGAUCAUUAUGAUGAAUAUUCAGAUAAUCCUUAUUUAUAUGGUGAUGAUGAGCAGGAUAUCGACAUUGGGCAACAGAACAUGAACACAUAUCCACCAACUGGCAAAGAUGACACAUAUCCACCAGCUGGCAAAGAUUUGUUUCCACAAUCUGGUAGAUCUUAUCCUCAGCAUGAAAAAUUAUCACACUCAGAUAGUCGUCCACCUUCCAUCCUUGGAAAUCAACCCUUCAUUCAUGAUGAUCAACGAUCCAGCCGUGGUAAUAAACCAUCGCUCCUUGGUAAUCAGCCAUCCCUCCUUGGUAAUCAACCACCGCUACUUGGUAAUCAGCCAUCCCUCCUUGGUAAUCAACCAUCCCUUCUUGGUAAUAAACCAGCCCUCUUUGGUAAUCAAUCAUCCAUCACCAGUCAUCAGUCAUCCCCUGGCAGUCAUCAAGCAGCACUCAGUAGUCAUCAACCUCUACUUACAAGUCAACAACGUUCACUCAGUGGUCAUCAGUCCCCGCUCAUCAGUCAACAAUCACCUCUCUUAAGUCAACAGCAGCCUCCCUAUGGAAGUCAUCAGUCACCCCUAUCCCUCAUGAGUCAGCCUAGUAUUUCUAUAGAAGAACAAGAAGCUAUAAAAGCUCAGGAAGAAAAAUUAGUAGAAGAAAAAAUAGAGAAAGAAGUACAAGCUCGAUUACAGAAGAUUUUAAGUAUGAAAAAACCUGAAGAUUCUGGAGAGUACAGAAAGACAAAGAAACAAGCAGCAGGAAUGAGUAGUAUGAGUGUGUUAAUGCAAUCCUUAUCUGAUUCACUGAUAUCUAAUGAAGAUGAGGCAGAAAUGGCUCUACAAGUAUCUAAUGCAUUAACUCAAGCCUUAUUACAUUAUAGAAUGAAAACUCUCUCUCCAGAGAUGUUAAAACAGGUUAUUCCAAAUGCUACAGAACUCCAGUUGUCUGGAAUUGAUAACCAAGGUAACUUUCCUCCUAGACCAGUUCCACUACCAUCAUCCAGAUCUCAUAUAUCUGGUGGAAGUGGUGACAGAUCUUCACAUUGGAACCAAGAUACAUCAAUAUAUGACCAGUCUCCAUUACAGAAUCAACCUGUUUCAUGGAACCAACAACAGCAUCUUCAACAAUGGAAUCAAGUAACAGAAUCCAGUCCUUCUAACAAAAACGGAAGUCAUUCUAAAUCUGAUGUUGUUAGUCAGGAUAGUCCUAAUGAUUGGUCCUAUAAUAACAUAAGCAUGGAUGCCAGGAUUGAAAGUUUUCAGAAUAAUUUGUUAAAAUGGAAUGGUGGUACUCAAUCCGAGGCCGUGCCAGCUCCACCUCCACCUACUUCAAAUACCCCACUUUAUACUUCAAAUAAUUAUCUGACAUCAUAUCCAGCUAAUACUAUUUUCUAUCAAGGUAUUCCUGAGGAGUAUGCUAACUUCCUAGGUAAUAGCAAUACUUCAUGGCCUACCAACCCCCCUCUUCCAACACAUGAUGCACCGAAACCACCUCUACCACCUAAUUAAAAAUGAAAUGAUUGAUACCAACUUUAAGUUAAGGCUCAUCAGUGAUUUAUUUUGCAUUGAUAAGACAGGAGGGUCAUAAAUAUGUAGAUAGUGGGUAUUUUCAUUUAACAGUAUCGUGAAAAUGAUUUCAUUGGCAUUAUGCUGUUGUAAUGUUUAGUUGUGUUCGUGAAAGGUUCAGCUCGUGGAAUAUUUGACAUUCUUGUUUUCUUGCUGCUGGUUGUUUUUUACCCAUGAAAAUAUAUUGAAAUUAACGAUGAAUUGAUAUGGAGAUAAGGAUAUAUGCUUGUUUUUAUGAUGUUUUAUAUUUACCAUAAAGAAUGUGUAAAUACUGACCACGCCUUUUCCUUAGAGGAAAGUGAGAGAUAUAUUUCAUACCAGAAAUCUGUAGAAUUACUGGACUUCUUUGUUGUGUUUUCUUUGUGAUCGUAAUUACGCCCAUCUGUUGUUCAGUCUUCAUUGUUUGUAUCAUCUUUAAAGUGGUAUCAAAAUUAUUUUAGUGCUAACAACAUAAAGUGCAUAAAGUAAAGUGCUAAAUGUAUCUGAAGAGUUUGUUGUAGAAUUGUAUUGUUCAUUGUAAAAUGUUUUAAUGGGAUUAAUAUUUUGUGUACAAUCUAUAAUUGAAUUCAUCACUUAUCAUUUUGUACUGUCAAUUUAAGACAAACUGUAUGUCAGAUAUUUGACAUGUAACUUACAUUUGUGUAUUAUAAAUUUAUCAAGAAAUAAAUUAUAAUGAAAGUUUUAA